GUGUUCCAAAAACGCGCGUUGUGUGUAUUCCAGACAUCCGCUAUAAUUAUUACGGAAAUCAAGCUAAGCCAUGAGUCAGACUAAGGAUGCAGCUGACCAAAACUUUGAUUACAUGUUCAAACUGCUUAUUAUUGGCAACUCAUCUGUUGGGAAAACGUCGUUCCUCUUCCGGUACGCCGAUGAUAGCUUCACCUCAGCCUUUGUUUCAACUGUGGGAAUUGACUUCAAAGUUAAGACAAUAUUCAGACAGGAUAAAAGAGUUAAACUUCAAAUAUGGGACACAGCUGGUCAAGAACGUUAUCGUACUAUAACAACAGCUUAUUAUCGUGGUGCAAUGGGUUUCAUAUUAAUGUAUGAUAUUACCAAUGAAGAAUCUUUCAAUGCUGUACAAGAUUGGGUAACUCAAAUUAAAACCUAUUCAUGGGAUAAUGCACAAGUGGUUCUUGUCGGUAAUAAAUGUGAUCUUGAAAUGGACAGAGUGGUAUCAGUUGAUCGAGGCAGAAAUUUAGCGCAUCAAUUAGGUUUGGAAUUUUUUGAAGCAUCCGCUAAAGAAAAUAUUAAUGUCAAAAAUGUAUUCGAUCGUUUAGUUGAUAUUAUAUGCGAUAAAAUGGCUGAUAAUGCAGAAAAUAAUCCAGCUGUCACUGGUGGAACAUCGAAAGGUAAUCGAUUGACUGACAAACCUCAACAACAACAACAAAAUCAACAAGGCCAAUGUCAGUGUUAAAUUAACCAACCAACAACAACACCACCUUGCCAACAACAACAACAACAACAUGUGAGCUGAGCAUUCGAAACAGACAACAACAAGCUAGUCGCACACACCAUGACAAAUGCACAUACACACACACACACUCACGCGCACACAUACAAUACAUACAUACAUACAUUUGCACGUCUUUUCUUUUUUGUCUU